AGAGAUGUGUCAGCUCAGGCGUCGCUAACUCAUCAUCGUGUGUGUCGAACACAAGCUCAUCCAAGCAGUCUGUCUUUUACAUGUUCUUCCUCCAAAUAUGGAUUUAACCGGAUUGAGCUCCAAAGGACGGCUUUUGCUGGUUUUCUGCGUCAGUAUUUUCCUCUACACGUCCACCGAUGCCGAGGGGAGCUGUAAACUCAAGGCCAAGUUCAACCUGAGGGGUUAUAAGGAGGUGUUGAAAAGGACGGUGGUCGUCGGUGGGAUGUUUCCAGUUCAUCAACGCCUGGUUGAUACGGACGCCAACACCACCAUCCCUCCGGAGUCGUCCGACUGCGAGGGCUUCAACUUCCGCGCUUUCCGCUGGACUCAGACGAUGCUGUUCGCCCUGAACGAGAUCAACGACAGACCGGACCUGCUCCCCAGAACUGAGCUGGGCUACGUCAUCUACGACUCCUGUUUCACCAUUUCCAAAGCCGUGGAGGGAACGCUGACCUUCCUGACGGGCCAGGACGAGGCGGUGCCGAACUACCGCUGCGGGGACGGGCCUCCUCUCUCGGCUCUGGUGGGCGCCGGAGGAUCGGAUCUGUCCAUCGCCACCGCCAGGAUCCUCGGACUCUACUACUUCCCACAAAUGAGUUACUGCUCGUCCUGCUCGGUUCUGGAGAGCCGGUUCCAGUAUCCCACCUUCCUCCGCACCAUCCCGAGCGACGAGCACCAGUCCGUGGCCAUGGCCAAACUAGUGCUUCACUUCGGCUGGACCUGGGUGGGCACCAUCGCGGCCGAGGACGAUUACGGGAAAUACGGCAUCAAGAGGUUCAAGGAGGUGGUGGAGGAGGCGGGAGUGUGUAUAUCCUUCUCCGAAACCCUUCCCAAGAUCUCCAACCCGGAGGCCAUGGAGCGCAUCGCUCAGACGGUGCUGGACUCCACGGCUAAGAUCAUCGUGGUGUUCUCCUCAGAUGUGGAUCUGAAACCUCUACUGGACGAACUGCUGCGUAACAACAUCACCAACCGCACGUGGAUCGCCAGCGAGGCCUGGGUCACGUCGGCCGCCAUCUCCCGUCACCCCGACAUCCUGCCCGUCCUGGGGGGAACCAUCGGGUUCGCGGUGAAGCAAGCCGAAAUCCCCGGCCUGAAAGAGCACCUUCUGGGUGUUAGUCCAUAUAACGACACUCUGACUGAAGAGUUCUGGGGGAUCGUCUUUAACUGCACUCUGAGUUACAGGCAGGUUAUGAGAGGCAUGAAGAGAUGCACUGGAGAAGAGAUGAUUGAAACGCUGAAUAAUACGUACUCAGAUGUGUCUCAGUUAAGGAUUACGUAUAACGUGUAUAAGGCUGUGUAUGCCGUGGCGUACGCCCUACAUAACCUCGAGACUUGUGUACCUGGCAGUGGCCCGUUUGAAAACGGCACAUGCGCUGAUAUUAACAAAUUCGAGCCUUGGCAGCUCAUGUACUACCUGAAGAACCUCCAGUUCACCGUCCCUCACACCGGAGAGCACAUAUUCUUCAAUGACGGGGACGUGGACGGCUUUUAUGAAAUCUUAAACUGGCAGAGUGAUUCAGACGGAGAGAUCACAUAUUCCCACAUCGGUUACUAUAACAGCUCGGCACCCGCCGACGACAGGCUGAUUAUCAACAAUGCCUCUAUCAUAUGGAACAAUGAUGUCCUCGAGACGCCUCGCUCUGUGUGCAGUGAACGCUGCCAGCCCGGCACCAGGAUGGGUAUCCGGCAGGGUGAGCCGGUCUGUUGCUUCGACUGCAUCCCCUGCGCAGACGGAGAGAUCACCAACACAACAGAUGCACGAGGCUGUCUCCAAUGCGACGAGGACUACUGGUCCAAUGCCAAUCACGACGAGUGUGUGCCGAAGACCAUCGAGUUCCUGGACUUCUCCGAACCCCUCGGGAUCACACUGAUCGCCAUCGCUGCGUUCGGGGCUCUGGCUGCCAUCGUGGUCGUGAUCAUCUUCUUGAUGCACCUCAACACACCUCUGGUGAAAGCCAAUGACCCUCUGCUCAGCUUCUCUCUGCUGCUGGGUUUAGUGAUCACCUUCCUCAGCUCCAUCGUGUUCCUCGGUGAGCCUCAGAAGUGGUCGUGCAUGACCAGUCAGGUGGCGUUGGCUGUAGGCUUUGCCCUGGUCCUCUCUUCAUUAAUGGGGAAAUCUUCUCUGCUCAUGCUGAGAGCCAGAGCUGUAAAAGCUGUCAAAUCUGCGACGCGGGCAGCAAAAGCAGCGGCAGCGGCUGCCGAACAGAGUCCCGACACCGAGGUCAUCGCUCCAGCUAUUCCUCAGAAGAACGACGUGGAUCCCAUACAUCCCAGGCACCAGAGGGCGAUGAUGAUAGUGGGCACGCUGAUCCAAGCGGUGGGUUGCACUGUGUGGCUGAUCCUGAUGCCUCCACACCCCAUUAAAAACACAGCCGCCCAGAACAUCAAGAUCAUCCUGGAGUGCGACAUUGGAAACAUCAUCUUCAUCUGCUCCAUCUUCGCUUAUGACAUCCUUUUGGCUCUGCUGGCCUUCGCUUUUGCUUUUGUGGCACGAAAGUUGGAAGACCACUUUAAUGAGGGCAAGAGCAUGACCUUUGGCAUGAUGGUGUUUUUCAUCGUUUGGAUCUCCUUCGUUCCCGCCUAUCUGAGCACGCGGGGGAAAUUCAUGGUGGCGGUGCAGAUCUUCGCCAUCCUGGCGUCUAGCUUCGGCCUGCUCGCGUGCGUCUUCAUCCCCAAGUGCUACGUGCUGCUCGUCAAACCAGAGAGGAACACAGUGGAGAUGAUGAUUCCUCGAGUCAAAUCACGUGACGCAGGCGUUUCGCUCGCCACCAACAGCAGCUCCGCUAACGGCACCACCGUGUCCACCGUGUCUCUAGAUGGCUGAAGACAUUCCCCAAAAAUCAUCUACCGUGUCACUCUGAAGCCUUAUUAUAUUGGACUCUGACAUAUUUAAAUAUACAUUUAAAUCUAAGACCCAAUAGGAAUAACAGUAAAGGACUUUUAAGGGGGUCGUAUUGCACUAUAUCAUGUCUAUGUAUAAUACAAUUUAGUUUAAUGAGCAUUUUUUGCCAUCUCUAACCCCUAGAAGGCUGUUUUUAUACAUUUAUUCGGUAACACUUUACAAUAAGGUUUUCAACUCACGUAAAGUUGAUAAUUCCGCAAAU